AUGAACUACGCACGGUUUCUUACAGCAGUGAGUGCAGCAAGACAACCCUCACCUAUACGAGCUCUGACUGAGCUGUUAAUGAGGUCUCCACCUUCAAUGAUAUCUUUAGCUGGGGGGAUUCCAAAUCCAAAUACAUUUCCAUUCAAAGCUGCCAGCAUAACAUUGGAUGAUGGGACAGCCUUCGAGAUUGGGGAUAGUUUGAUGAAGAAAGCUCUACAGUACUCUUCAACACCUGGAAUUCCCGAAUUAAUCUCCUGGUUGAAAGAUUUACAGAAGAAAAUACACAACCCGCCUACACUUAGUUACAGCCCUGAGAAAGGUCAGAUGGAGCUGUGCGUCACUUCUGGAAGUCAGGAGGGCCUGUCCAAAGUAUUUGAAAUGCUUGUGAACCCUGGAGACAAUGUCUUAUUGGAUACACCGACCUAUUCAGGAACUCUAGCUGCUAUAAAACCUUUGGGUUGCAAUGUCAUUGGUGUCCCCACUGAUCAACAUGGUAUUAUUCCUACGGCUCUUAAGGAUAUUCUCUCUAGAUGGCGACCAGAGGACGCUACUAAUCCUGAAAAGAAUAGCCCAAAAGUUCUAUAUACCAUACCAAAUGGAGGUAAUCCUACCGGUGCCUCACUAACUGAAGAGCGCAAAAUAGAAAUCUACCAGAUUGCACGGGAAUAUGAUUUAAUUAUUGUGGAGGAUGACCCCUAUUAUUUUCUCCAGUUCAACAAGGCCAUGGGCACCAUCUUUUCUUCAAUGGAUGUUGAUGGGCGUGUUAUCAGAGCAGACUCUAUGUCGAAAAUCCUUUCUUCCGGAUUAAGGAUUGGCUUUUUAACAGGUCCCAAACCCCUUAUAGAAAGGAUAAUACUGCACAUGCAAGUGUCUACCUUACAUACAAGUACCUUCACUCAGGUAAUUGCUUAA